AUGGCGGAGCCGAGCGGCUCGCCUGUGCACGUCCAGCUUCCCCAGCAGGCGGCCCCGGUGACAGCGGCGGCCCCGGCGGCCGUCACGGCAGCGCCGGCCCCGGCGGCGCCCGCGGCCCCGGCCCCGGCCCCGGCCCCAGCAGCGCAGGCGGCCGGCUGGCCCAUCUGCAGGGAAGCGUACGAGCUGCAGGAGGUUAUCGGCAGUGGAGCUACUGCUGUGGUUCAGGCUGCUCUAUGUAAACCCAGACAAGAACGUGUAGCGAUAAAGCGGAUCAACCUGGAAAAAUGCCAGACCAGUAUGGAUGAACUAUUAAAAGAAAUUCAAGCCAUGAGUCAGUGCAGUCAUCCCAACGUAGUGACCUAUUAUACCUCUUUUGUGGUAAAAGAUGAACUUUGGCUGGUCAUGAAAUUACUAAGUGGAGGUUCAAUGUUGGAUAUCAUAAAGUACAUUGUCAACCGAGGAGAACACAAGAAUGGAGUUCUGGAAGAGGCAAUAAUAGCAACAAUUCUUAAAGAGGUUUUGGAAGGCUUAGACUAUCUACACAGAAAUGGUCAGAUUCACAGGGAUUUGAAAGCUGGUAAUAUUCUUCUGGGAGAGGAUGGUUCGGUACAAAUAGCAGAUUUUGGGGUAAGUGCAUUCUUAGCAACAGGGGGUGAUGUUACCCGAAAUAAAGUAAGAAAAACAUUUGUUGGCACCCCGUGUUGGAUGGCCCCUGAAGUCAUGGAACAGGUGAGAGGCUAUGACUUCAAGGCUGACAUGUGGAGUUUUGGAAUAACUGCCAUUGAAUUAGCAACAGGAGCAGCGCCUUAUCACAAAUAUCCUCCUAUGAAAGUGUUAAUGUUGACUUUGCAAAAUGAUCCACCCACCUUAGAAACAGGAGUAGAAGAUAAAGAAAUGAUGAAAAAGUAUGGCAAGUCCUUUAGAAAAUUGCUUUCACUGUGUCUUCAGAAAGAUCCUUCCAAAAGGCCCACAGCAGCAGAACUUUUAAAAUGCAAAUUCUUCCAGAAAGCCAAGAACAGAGAAUACCUGAUUGAGAAGCUGCUUACAAGAACACCAGACAUAGCCCAAAGAGCCAAAAAGGUAAGAAGAGUUCCUGGGUCAAGCGGUCACCUUCACAAAACUGAAGACGGUGACUGGGAGUGGAGUGACGACGAGAUGGAUGAAAAAAGUGAAGAAGGGAAGGCAGCUUUUUCUCAAGAAAAGUCACGAAGAGUAAAAGAAGAAAAUCCGGAGAUUGCAGUGAAUGCCAGCAAUAUCCCUGAGCAAAUACAGUCUCUCUCUGUGCACGACUCUCAGGGCCAACCCAAUGCUAGUGAAGACUACAGAGAAGGUUCUUGUGCCGUGAACCUCGUUUUAAGAUUGAGAAACUCCAGAAAGGAACUCAAUGAUAUACGAUUUGAAUUUACUCCAGGAAGAGAUACGGCAGAUGGUGUAUCUCAGGAACUCUUCUCUGCUGGCUUGGUUGAUGGUCAUGAUGUAGUUAUAGUGGCUGCUAACUUACAGAAGAUUGUAGAUGAUCCCAAAGCUUUAAAAACAUUGACAUUUAAGUUGGCUUCUGGCUGUGAUGGGUCAGAGAUUCCUGAUGAAGUGAAGCUGAUUGGGUUUGCUCAGUUGAGUGUCAGCUGAUGUAUGUCUCUUGAUGUCACCCUGAUCUGUCAUGCCCCCCAACUUCCCUCUCCCU